CACACGACUGGAUUAGCUUUCUGCAAAAUCACACGCAAAAUGGAAACAGAAGUGCAACGUUUUUAUAGGGACAAGACGAUAUUCGUAACUGGCGGCACUGGAUUUUUGGGCAAAGUGAUUAUUGAAAAAAUCUUACGAGCGACAGAUCCAAAGAAAAUAUAUUUCCUGGUCAGGUCUAAGAAAAACGAGGAUGUGCGCACUCGCGUUACCCAAUGGCUCAGCCAGCCAAUUUUCGAGUCACUGCUGAAGAUUAAGCCAACGGUCUUGCAGCGGAUGACACCCAUAGUGGGAGAUUGCCUGGAGCCGGAUCUAGGUAUCAGUGAGGCGGAUCGAAAGAUGCUGGCUAAAGAAGUGCAGAUUGUCAUUCACGGAGCAGCCACUGUCCGCUUCAAUGAGGACAUGCAUAUGGCGCUGGCCAUCAACACGCGGGCCACGCGCCUCAUGCUGCAGCUGGCCAAGGAAAUGCACAGCUUGGAGGCCUUCGUGCAGAUCUCCACAGCCUACUCGAACUGCGUGAUAGACAGCAUUAACGAGGAGUUCUAUCCGCAGCAUUUAACCUGUUCCGCCGAUACGGUGCUGCGCCUGAGGGAGACCGUGAGCGCCGAGCUGUUGGACAACAUGACGCCUGCCUUGCUGGGAAAGUACCCCAAUACCUACACCUACACGAAGGCCCUGGCAGAGCAGGUGAUCCAAGAGGAGGCGGGUGACCUACCAGUGUGCAUCUUUCGGCCAGCCAUUAUAUAUGCCAACUACAAGGAGCCUUCUUCCGGUUGGAUUGACAAUCCAUACGGACUCGUGGCCCUAAUAUACGGCAUUACCUACGGAGUCCUGCACAUAUUGCUUUGUAAUAUAAAGGCUCAAGCGGUUUUGGUGCCCGGCGAUUACUGUGCUAACCUGGCUGUGGCCAGCGCCUGGGAAACGGCAAAGAAAGCAAAAACCAAAUCGGCACUUACAGCUAUUAAGCCAAAGCCCACCAUUUAUAAUUUUGCACCUUGCAGGACAAAUACGAUAGACUGGAAUGAUUUCAGAAACAAGGGCAUGUUUUACGGCAAGCAGGUUCCGAUCCGACAGAUGAUUUGGUACCCGUUUGUACAUUCCACCACAUGCCCUUGGCUGUUUAGGAUUUGCAGCAUCUUCUACCACUAUAUUCCCGGCUAUUUCUUCGAUCUCAUCCUGCGGCUGAGUGGCAAGAAACCGCGUCUGGUCAAAGCCUAUCGCAAAGCCCACGCAAACGUGGAGGCUCUGUUCUUCUUCAAUAGGAAAACAUUUUGGUUUAACAGGGAUAAUACUGAAGCGCUGUGGGACCACAUGUCACCGGAAGAUCGAAAGGGGUUCAACUUUGAUAUGAAAUCCCUCGACUGGGACGACUAUUUCAAGAAUAUUUGGGGAGGUAUGCGACUAUAUAUAUUCAAGGAACCAGCUACGGCAGCCUCCUUGGCGGACGGAAUCCGGGUUCUAUUUCGCUACCGUGUACUACAUUCGAUAGGUCAAGUUCUGCUUGGCUCUGGUGCAGCAUAUGUGCUGUGGCUCCUGUUCACGAUCUGGCAAUAAUUAUCCAGAUUUAGAUGCCACUAAAAGUGCAUUCAAUUGUUGUUCAGAAUGUCAGGAAAGAAUAAAUAUUAUUGGCAAUUUCAGGAUAAAA